AUGUUGAAUGUGGAUGUUGUUGGUAACAAGAGAAGGAAAAGAUGUGGGAGGGUUUUUAGGUUCAAGAAUUUCGGGGAACAAGGUUAUCCGGUCAUGUUUAAUGGUUCAUCGUUUCGUGAAAAUGUGAAUGUUUUACUUGAAUAUGCGAAUUUGGAGAGUAAUAUAAAUAUGGGAAUGCCUAUGUGGUCUUUUCAACUUGAAUUGCACCAUCAUCCACCUUUGCAUGUUUUGUUGUUUGUGAUUGAAGAAUCAAUUGAAGCAGCUAUGAAUCGUCAUUGCAACCAUUGUCAAUAUGUUGGUUGGGGCAACCAUUUAAUUUGCAAUAAGAAGUAUCAUUUUCUAUUACCUUCAAAGGAGGCACUAAGUAGCUGCACUACCUGUGAAAAUUGCUGUGACUCAAUUGGUACAAUGAACAAUGGUAAGUCAAAAUUAAUAGAAUUAGAAGGCCAUAUGAUGCAUGGUGUAUUUCACUCUAAUGGAUUUGGACAUUUGCUAUGUGUCAAUGGCUUGGAAAUGGGUUCUAAUUUGGGUGGCAACCAAAUCAUGGAGUUUUGGAAUCGUUUGUGCAAUGGAUUGCAAGCAAGGAAAGUGAGUUUGAAUGAUACAUCACAAAAAAGAGGCAUGGAAUUGAGACUUGUGAAUGGAAUAGCAUAUAGUGAGCCAUGGUUUGGUCGUUGGGGAUACAAAUUUGGUAGAGGAUGUUUUGGUGUAACACAAUCAAUGUACCAAAAAGCCAUAGAAGCAAUAAGAAGUAUGCCACUAUACUUACUCACACACCACAUUGCAAAUUCAAGUCAUGAAAUCCCAUUAAUCUUCUCAAGGUACCAAACACUUUCUGAUCACUCUCUUAUAACCCUUGGUGACUUGUUUCACUACAUGUUAGAGCUCAAGUCGCGGCUUCCGCGCGAUACAUGCAUUGGUUCCUACAACACAAACGCCCUAGUCGAAACAAAUUGUCGUUGGUCGCCUAAAAGGAUUGAAAUGGCGACGAGGGUUAUCGUCGAGGCCUUGAAAAGAACGGAAUUUAGAUGGAUUUCAAGACAAGAAGUUAGGGAUGCAGCGCGCGUUUACAUAGGUGACACGGGUUUGUUGGAUUUUGUUUUGAAGUCGCUAGGUAACCAUGUUGUUGGAAACUAUUUGGUUCGUCGGAGCUUGAAUCCGGUUACCAAAGUUUUGGAGUAUUGUUUAGAAGACAUUUCUAAUGCUUACCCUUGUCAUGAAGGGUUGGUUAUGAGUAGUAGUAAUAAAGUGAAGGACAAGUACAAGAUCACAAGAGGUCAACUCAUGAAAGACAUGAUUUGUUUGUACAAGUACAUACUUAUUGAUACAAAACCAAUUAUAGGGUCAGAAUUUCUUUCAGCUAUACCAUUGGCAGCUACAAUAAUUCUUGACACAAAGUAUCUUAUCAAAGACUAUGGAGAGGUACCUUUGCAAGUUGAAUUAGGAUCAGAAGGAAAAUUCAAUAUUUAUUGUACAAUUUUGUUGAGGAAUGUUAACAAUGUAGGACAUGAUCAUGAGUAUUAUUUGAACAAUGAAAUGUCAAUGCCUCCUUAUGAAUGUAUCACAUUGAAAAAUUGUGCUACAAUUAAUGACUUAAAGCUAGAAGUUGAAAGGAAUUUUAGGGAAAUCUAUUGGGGGUUAAGGGGUUUUGUGGUGGAAUCAAAUGAGAAUUUGAUGAAUGCAAAAGGGAAUGAAAUGGUUUUUGGAAUGAUUGAAGUUGGUGGAAAACUUGUUCUUGAAGGUUGGCAUGGUAGUGACAUGGUUGAGCAAAUAUGUGAAAGGAAUCCAAAUAAGGGAAUUGUGGAUUGCACUUGUGGAACUAAAGAAGAUGAUGGUGAAAGAUUGGUGUCUUGUGAUAUUUGUGAAAUUUGGCAACACACUAGAUGUGUUAGAAUUCCAAAUGAUGAAGAAGUUCCUCAUAUUUUUCUAUGCAAAAGGUGUGAGCAAGAAAUUGUUCUUUUCCCUUCUUUGCCAUAA